UCUUUGAAAAUGGGCUCACCAUUCGUCCCGCGCGUCGUCUUUCCGACCCUCGAGUCACUGCCGCGAUCGUACUAUCUUGGGCACCACGCCGCCGGAUUGGCCAAGAUGAAGACGAUGCUCUCGCAGAUUGACCACAUCAUCGAAUGCCGCGACUACCGCAUCCCCCUCACGUCGCGCAAUCCAAUGUUCGAGGACAGUCUGGCGGGACGGGAGCGAAUGGUGGUGUAUACCAAGAAAGAUCUGGGGGGCAGUAAGGGCACGGUAGAGGACACGAAAAGACAUCAAUUGAUUCGCGAGUGGCAUGAGCCUUCCAAAGUCAUCUUCUCCAAUCACAAAGACCGCAAAGACGUGCGUCGCAUUCUGGACGUCAUCAAAGAUGCGAACCGCAGCCGAGGGGGAUUAACAGGUUCAUAUCUCAUGGUCGUGGGGAUGCCCAACGUCGGCAAGUCCUCGCUACUGAACGCUCUGCGACGAGAAGGCGUGAACAAAGGCAAAGUCGCACACACUGGCGCACAGCCUGGUGUGACGCGGAAAAUUGGAACGGGCGUGAAAAUCAUCGAGGCGGACGAGACUGGUUUGAGCGGCGUGUACAUGCUGGAUACGCCUGGUGUGUUUAUGCCAUAUGUACCCGACUCGGAAGCAAUGCUGAAGCUCGCGCUCUGUGGGAGCGUAAAGGAUACCGUGGUCCCUCCUUUCAAUCUCGCAGACUAUUUGCUCUUCCAUAUAAAUCUUCACGACCCGACCGUGUACAAGGAGUACUCGCAGCCGACGAAUGAUGCGAUGCAGCUGCUAGACGCCGUGGCGAGGAAGACGGGCCGACUGAUGAAAGGCGGAGAGCCCGAUCUCGAAAGUAUCGCGUUGUGGAUGAUUCAAAAGUGGAGGAACGGCCAUUUGGGAGCUUUUACGUUGGACGAAGUGUCGGAAGCUGCAUUGGAACGGUACAGAAACAAUGUGCCAACGAGUAGUUUGAGCCAGGCGAAAAAGGCUGGGAAAAAAGCUGCGAGUGAGAGGGCAAAGGCGAGAAGAGCUGGGAACGGAGAAUGAUUGUCGAGUUCAUGAUUGAGGGUACAAGCUCUGGCCAAUGCAGCAGUGACGGCCUCGAGGACAUUGGUGGUUGUCGUUCUGUAUUGGUUUUGUGCCUGGAUGCAUAGCGUAUAUCGAAGCGCAGAGAAGAUGGGGUCUCCUCUGCUGAGAUGUCCACCACGAGUGCCUUACCUUAGUACCUGGCACGCGGCUUCACCUCAGGACCGGCUUCGUUAUAUCCGAUUUUCAACUACCUACGCUGGACCCAACUCACCUUCGGAUUUCUCAUCUC